AUGACUUGGAAGAUCGCCUCCGCCAGCAACAACUAUCUGAUUGAUCUCUGCCAUCAAGCGGAGAACAACGGAGGCAGGAUCGGGGGAGAGGAGUACGGAGACCGAGUCGUCCAGGUUUCCCCGCAGAUCGCCGUCAAAUAUGGCUACGGGGUGACAGCUUCCGAAGCAGCCACACAGGAUUUCGUAUAUCGCCGAGUUGAUCCUCGCGUUGUCCAUAUUCCACGUGUCUCCCGCUUUAUCGAACCUCAUGAAUAA